AUGUUAAGUACUACUGAUAACUUACUACGUAUAUUGAACGCUAUGUUCUUAAUUAUAUGUAUGGCCUUUGUUUCGGCUUUAUUAAAUACACAAAACCAAAAUUCUGGUAGAGUUAACUACUGUAUGUUUACAGCAGCUUUUGGUUUAACAACAGAUUCAUUUUAUGGUAUAGCAGCUAACUUCUGGGAACCAUUAACUUGGCCAUUAGUUUUAGUUUGUUUAGAUUUCUUAAAUUUUGCAUUCACUUUUUCUGCAGGUACAGUUAUUGCUGUUGGUAUUAGAGCUCAUUCCUGUAAGAAUGAAUCUUACAGAAAUGGUAAUAAAAUUAUUCAAGGUGAUGAAAAUCGUUGUAGAAUUACUCAAGCUUUAGUCGCUUUCUUAUAUUUCUCAAUGUUUAUUUUCAUUGUUAAAUUAACAAUGUCAAUUAUUACUUUAAUGCAAAAUGGUGCUUUCUCUUCUGCUACUUCAAGAUUCUAUGGUAGAAGAAGAAGAAAUAAUGCUUCUGCUGGUGUUCCAACUGAUAUGGGUGGUGUUCCAUCAAUUUCUCAAGUUUAA